AUGUUGCUUGAAAGGUCCUGCACGGCCAACUUCGAUGUCAUGCUGGAUGACAUUAUUUUCGGGAGUCAGCCUCCUCUAAGCAGCAGCCAGCCUCCUAAAGCGCAGAGCGGCAAGAAGAAGCUCUAUAUUGGAGCCCUCUUUCCCAUGAGUGGGGGCUGGCCUGGCGGACAAGCCUGCCUCCCUGCUUCUAGGAUGGCUUUGGACCUAGUGAAUAAGAGGACUGACAUACUACCAGACUAUGAGUUGGAGCUGAUAUACCAUGACAGUAUGUGUGACCCGGGAGAGGCCACCAAGCUGCUUUAUGACCUUCUGUACACAGAGCCCCUUAAAAUUGUGCUGAUGCCAGGCUGCAGCUCAGUGUCCACUCUGGUGGCCGAAGCUUCUCGAAUAUGGAAUCUCAAAGUGUUGUCGUACGGCUCCAGCUCCCCGGCCUUAUCUAACCGCCAGCGCUUUCCCACCUUCUUUCGCACUCAUCCGUCAGCCACACUGCACAACCCAACUCGAGUGCAGCUCUUUCAGAAGUGGAAAUGGACCAAGAUUGCCACCAUUCAGCAAACAACUGAAGUCUUUACAUCAACUCUGGAUGAUCUGGAGGUGAGAGUAAAGGAGGCAGGGAUUGAAAUCAGUGUUCGUCAGAGUUUCCUCACAAACCCUGCUGUGGCUGUCAAAAAUCUCAAGCGCCAAGAUGCCAGAAUAAUUGUUGGUCUAUUCUAUGAGACGGAGGCCAGGAAAGUCUUCUGUGAGCCAGGCGUGGGGUGCUCCGGGGGUCGGCCGGGCUCUGCGGCUCCGGCGGCGUGGGGUGCCACUCCAACUCCUGACCCCACCCCUCCCCUUCAAGGACCGACUUCCAGGCGGUCCCAAGAGGGUCAAGAUCGGGCGUUGUGGAGCCGGGACGGGCGUCGGGACGGGCUGAGACAGGCGUCGUGGAGCCGGGACGGGCUGAGACGUCAGACUGUCAACGUCCGGGUCGACACCUGGGAAGGGCCGCCAGACUAAGGGGGGUCCGGGUGCCGGAAACUGUCCUCUGGCGACCCCCCCUGAGGUCAGCGUGGGGCAGCUAGAGCGGCGGCCGGAACGCCUUCCGGCGUCUCCGGGAAGGCGGGUGGUGUAUGCCAGGAAGGCAGCUGGGGAUCCCUGGUAAAUGUUGGGCUCGAGGUGGGCCCCGCAACGUACAGCGGGCGGCCCACCUCGAGCCAGACGUGUUCUCCAAAACGGGUUCUGGGGACCCCACUCCGCUGAGUCCUUUUUAGGUUGCAUCAUUCUGUUACAACGGGGGGUUGUGGGCAUGGAGGGAGGACUCAGACGCAGAAUAUUCAAAAUAAAAGGACUUUAAUAGUCAAAACUCACAACACUCCAACAAAAAGGGCAGGACGGAGGAGGAAACAAUAAAGAAAAAAACAGGGACCUGGACUUGAAAACCAACAAAAGACUUACAUGGCAUGGGGAACUUGACGUGGGGUACUCAGACAGUCACACGCAAUGACGCAACACCAGACAAGGGACUCACAGGGCUUAAAUACACAAGGGAAGUGCAGGUGAACACAGCAGACAAUCACAGGGGAAGACAAGACAAGACAAGGCAGGAAGUGAAGUUACCCAGGAACACAAGAGACAUGAAACUACAAAAUAAAACCGGAAGCAGACCCAAACCGUGACAAAAGGCAAUAAUAGUAAAUGUGUACAGCAACAACCUAACGCAUUAGCAACAUCAAACACACAAAUAUUCUGUAAUGUUUACUUUUAGUCCAGGUUCCAGCUGAAAGCUAGCAUGCUAACUAGCAAACUACCUGCGCUAAAGCUAACUAGCUUACCAAAAAGAACAGUCUUUCCUAUAUGGAGUUGGCAGCAUAAGUAACACAACUGGAGCUAACCCAGGGACACAAAAAGCAGGAAACAAAACAAACCGUGACAGUAUGAAAAGUACGCCCCGCCGUAAUGUUUGCCCGCAACCCCCGCGUAGAUAAGUGUUUUAUUAGGGUUGGCAACCGUCCCGUAGGCCAGAGCGAAGCAUGUGAGGUGAGAGCUGUCCUAUCUGUUAAAAUGAGCAGUGAGGCUGGCGCUGCAAAGAAAAAAAGAUUGUGCAAGCCCCCCCCGUCAGCCCGCGAAAGUGUCCUUGAUUUGGGGUUGGGAGAGCUGGCAACCCUAGGUUUUAUCCUCUUUAUUUCUUAAAUUUCCAAUCAUUUCAAUGGAGUACUGCACCCGGAUUUUAAGUCAUUUCUAUUAGCUAGAUAAUAGCACACGAUUCCCGAUGGGGCCCGGCAAGAAGAUUCCGAGCAACGCUGUGGGAGGAGAUGCGUGCCCAACUUCUGUAUGGAAGGAGAAUAAUACAGUAGAGAACUAGAAAAUUUUAGCCGAACGCUAAAAGCUGAAAUUAAUUUGAGAAAAAAAAUCCUGAAAAUACACAAGUAAGAAAAGAUUAAAUGAGUAUCAAAUCAACAGAGACUACUUUAGUGAAAACAGUUUAUUGAAUGAACUCUUCAAAUUAGUCAAUAAAAAGAGAUUAAAUACUGUUCACUUAUUAUCUAUAUUAAACAAAACUUAAAAUACACCAUGUGGGACUAACAUUCUGGAUGUCAGUGUGAAAGGUUUUAACCAUGAAGUAAAAUUUCAACGAAACCAACAUUCAAAUCACAGCAAAUAAGAUGACUAAAACACACCAGACAAACACAUGCAAGAUGGCUGCUUUAUCACUGUGUCACUCCCUUCAACACAGCAGAGAAACGUAAAAAAGGCAAUUCAUUUGGGUUAUUAAAAAGAAUGGAAAAGCAGUGGUUAUCCACACAUUUAUAUUUAAAAAAAACUUUACCAAACAUUUCAUGUUGCAUGUGUUGAGGGAGUACACCUAACUGGUUCCGAAAUGUCCUCUGUAAGAUCAGGGGCCUUAUUUAUAAAACCUUGCGUAGG